AUGACUUCUUUUGUUACUAUCAUCAUUUUGGAACUUCUUUUGUUGUUCUUCCCUUUUACUUCUUCUCUAAAACAACUACAAACAAAACUAGUUCAACCACCUAUGCUUCCAAAUUCAUGCAACGAAACAUGUGGAAAACAUCAUGUUCCAUUUCCAUUCUACCUCAACAACACUUCAUGUGUAUCAUCUUUGUCAUCUUCUUUUCACCUCACUUGCACAAACUCAUCCACCCUUUUCAUCAAACUAGCUUCACAAAACUAUCGCAUUUUGGAAAUUUUCUCAGACGGUUUGUUAGUAGACUUUCCCGGCGCGUCGUCGUGUCGCCAAUACAACGACUUGAACUCGUUCGGCGAGAGGUUUUUCGACGGAAAGAACUAUUUCGGCGUAUCGGUGGACAACGUUGUUGGUCUCUAUGAUUGCGAAGAUUCUUCGCUUUGUAAAGCGGAUUGUGAAACGGUUAACCUUCCUGGUUGUGAUGGAAGUGUUGAAGGUGGUUCUCUUGGAUGUUGUUAUCCACUUUCUGAUCAUAGUAUAUGGCAUGUUGGUGAAGGUUUUUCGGUUUUUUCGAAGUUUGGAUGCCGAGGGUUUUCUAGUUGGGCUGUUAUAAGAGGCUCUUAUUCAGGGAAAAGAGGGGUGAAAUUGGAAUUUGCUAUUCCUAGAAACUUUUCUAAGGAGAUUUGUGCUAAGAAUGCAGCAGUUGUGAAUUCUACAUCGGUUAAAGAUGGUGUAAGGUGUGUUUGUCAAGAUGGAUAUGUUGGUGAUGGUUUUGCUAAUGGGACAGGAUGCUUAUUAUCCUGUAUCAAAGAUGGAAAGGAAGCAUAUGGAAGUGACUGCUACAUCAAAAGACAUGAUCAAAGAAAAAUGGUCAUCAUUGCUGGAAUCCUUUGUCCAGUUCUUAUUGUUGCCUCCUUAGCCACACUAUUUUAUCUUCUAAAGCGAAAAGAAAAGCCAGGAAUGUUCGACUCCGAGCAAGCUUAUUACCACAACAUUUCGUUCCGAAAAGCGUGUAGAACUCGACUAUUCAGCCACCAUGAACUAGAACAAGCCACCAAUGGUUUUGAAGAGAACAGAAAACUCAUGCAAUGUAAUAACACCGCAAUGUUUUCUGGUGUCCUUGGCGAUGGAUCACAUGUAGCUAUACACAAAUUAUCAAAAUGUGAGAAUGAAAAUGACAUGAUGCAAGUCAUGUCACAAAUCGAAGUCCUAUCUUCGAUUCUACAUAGAAAUAUUGCAUCGAUUCUCGGUUGUUGCGUUGAUUCCAACUACACUCCUCUAGUGAUUUAUGAGUAUCCUGCAAAUGGUACCUUAGAGGAUCAUUUACACCAGAAGUUCCAAAUCAAAGGACAAAAACUCGGUUUGGAUUGGUAUAGAAGAUUGAAUAUUGCAACCGAAAUCGCUAGUACUAUUGCAUUGUUACAUUAUGAUAAAUCUCCUCCAAUAUUUCAUCAUAACCUAAAGUCAAGUUGCAUAUUCCUCGACGAUGAUUUUGCAGUCAAGAUUGCAGGAUUCGGACUAGUUAAUUACGAUUACACGAAUUGCAAAAAUCGCAUAUGCAAAAACGAUGUAUACGACAUAGGUGUGAUGCUACUUGAGAUUAUCUACGGAUCAAAUCAAUUGGACUCACCUACAUUAGCAUUGAAGAAAAUUAGGGACGGGAAGAUCGAAGAAAUUGUUGAUCCGGUUCUUGAUUAUCACGAGCAACCGCAUUAUUGUCAAGAACAGAUUCAGAUUAUUGCUGAUCUUGCAACAAGAUGUUUGCUGUUUGGUGCAGAUGGAAAGAUGGGAAUGGUUGAUGUUGCUAGGGAGUUGGUUCAUUUGACUAAAGAGAGUGUUGAUGGUGGAAAUGGAAAACUUGUGCUUGAAGAAACGUUCUCGAAUUCGAGUCUUCUUCAAAUGAUAUCUAUGUCUCCUGAUUCAAUGAAUGUUCCUUAA